GUCGUCGGUGUAACCUGCUUCAUCCUCUGUCUCAUGGGCCUUUCCAAGGUCAGCACUUCCAAAAUGGGCAUGCUGUACGGCAUAGGCGGCAUGAUUGCUUUGAUUGCCGCCUACUGGGCCGACACGACGUACACAUACGCGGACGGUCCAUGGUUGGUGGCUGCGAGUAUGGCCCCCGGUGCUAUACUCGGUCUCGUCAGCGCCUACGCCGUUGGCAUGACCGGCUUGCCCGAAAUGGUCGGCGCUUACAACGGAUUCGGUGGACUCGCCGCCGCCUUGACCGGUAUUGGAACCUAUCUGGAUCCUCAAGCAACGUUGUCAGAUUCUAUGUUGUGGGUCCAGGGAGUUGCUUUGGUGCUCUCCAUUGUGAUUGGUAUGAUGACCUUUACAGGAAGCAUGGUGGCGGUGUGCAAGUUGCACGGAUGGUUGGCGAGUCGACCCCGGGUUCUGCCUAUGCGAGGUUUGUCGAACCUCAUCAUGCUGGCCGUCAUGAUCGUCUUUGGUGCUUUGGCCUUCUCGGGAAAUCAGUACUGGAACGACCGCGGAGCCGGGAUGGGAUACAUUCUUAUAGUUACGGUGGUCGCGGCUCUUUACGGCUUCACCUCCGUCAUGGCGAUUGGAGGUGGCGACAUGCCGGUCAGUAUCAGUUUCCUAAACUCACUUUCUGGAUUCAGUACGUCGGCUGCGGGAUUUAUGCUGUCCAAUAAGGCGUUGGUUGUAGCUGGUGCCUUUGUUGGUUGCAGUGGCUUGAUUUUGACACUUGUCAUGUGCAUGGCCAUGAAUCGAAGUAUUACCAACGUACUCAUGGGAGACUUUGGCGAAGGCAGCAAGUCGCAGCAAGUUGUGAAAACAGGCGACAACAACGACGAGCAAGGAACUGUCCAGGAAGUAUCGGCCGAGGACGUUGUGGACCUUUUGACGGCCGCAAAAUCUGUCAUUAUUGUUCCUGGAUACGGAAUGGCGGUCGCCAAAGCACAGCACUCGAUCGCAGACCUCACAUCUCGUCUCCGCGCUCGCGGUGUCAACGUACGCUUUGCGAUUCAUCCCGUCGCUGGACGAAUGCCUGGUCACAUGCCGGUGCUUCUGGCGGAAGCACGUGUACCUUACAACAUUACAUUCUCCAUGGAUGAUAUUAAUGCCGACUUUGAGAAGACAGACGUCGUUUUGAUACUUGGCGCGAACGAUAUUGUCAAUCCAGCGGCUCAAACAAACCCUACAAGUCCUAUCGCGGGUAUGCCUGUCCUAGAGGUUUGGAAGGCCAAGCAUACUAUUGUUAUGAAGCGCAGUUUACGAACUGGCUAUGCUGGUGUCGACAAUCCACUUUUCUUGAAAGAAAACAAUGCCAUGUAUCUGGGAGAUGCCAAACAAAGCACAGACAAGCUCCUCAAACUUCUC